GGUAACAUGUACGGCGGGACUUCGCACACGUGAUGAAGUCUAUUAAUGUAGUGAUUUGUGGUUGUAAUCAAAUUACAACAUCUGUAAUAAAGAUGCUCAGGAAACAUAGAAAUGUUAAUAUAAUUGGAUACUGGUGUGAGUCUUCGAGCAAUCAAAUUCAUGCAGAUGUUGCUGGUAUAAAAGUUAUUAGUGGGGCUUUUAAAGAUCUAAUAUCGAAUAAAGAUAUACAGUUUUUAUUUCUUUGUGAUACUCCGGUCAAUCAACGCAAUCUUGUCUCAAUAGUUGAUUGCUUGAGCAGAAAACAGUCUUCAGAUACAGUAUUGCAAGACAUCCCUUAUAUGAUUAUUUUUCCUCCCGUAUCACCUAAUUAUGAUAUAGACAUGUUGGAGAAAGUCAAAAUUCGUGUCGGCUUCGCCAUGCCCUUAAGACACCUACCUUUAUCUACCCUUUUGUUCACUCAUCUUAACUACAAUCAUAAAGAAAUGAAAGCGCUCAGGAAUUACGAAUUUACUCGACUCCCCACACAUUGGGUUUUAGGAACUGUAGAGAGCAUCCAUAUAAGAUUGUCCACGGUCAGUUUUGUUGAUGGUAGUAAGUACUCGUGGUUAUAUGAGUCGGAAGAUAUGGGUGGAGGGCUGCUGAAUAUGUUCUGUCCAGGUCUUAUUGACCUUGUUUAUUUCCUUUCUGGAGGGCUUCGGAUAACAUCAGUUACGAGUAUUUGUCGAAUAUUCGGUAAAGUAACAGGCGAUGUGAGUCAUCCUAUUCGUCGUAUCUCUGCAGAUGACUAUGUCACUAUAAUGGGCGAACUUGACAUACCAGCAUUAUCCGGAUUUCGCAAACCAGUAGUCGUCAUGAUUCUUUCAUCAGAUAUCCCUUUCCCAAAAAAUAGGAUGAGUGAUCUCCCUGAAGUUCAUUUUUAUGACAAUCAUUGUUUCAAACUGGAAAUAGAAGUUAGUGGAUCCACUGGUAGCUUCUUGAUUGAUGAAGGCAAAAGGCGAAUUUCAUGGACACCUCGAAAAGCAGUCUCAUCAAAGCCUGGUAAACUUAACAACAAACUAACUGAGUUGGACUACGAAAAUCAUUUCCAUGACAAACGACCUGGAAAUAUGGAGGAGUCUGAAUUUGAAGGAGUGUACACAGAGGACGUAUUGGCCAGCGCUAUUGGUAGUAACGUGCCUCGAACUCAGGUUCCUACAAUGCUAAACGUCGACCUCGAUGAAGAUGGAAUGACGGAAACAGUUCAUCUAUCACUAAACGUAAGUUACACCAAGUUGUGUUACUAAUACUAUCUGUUAUCAUGUUACAUCUAUUGACCAUAUGCUUUAUUUAGCAUCCUGUAUUAUCUAUACUAUUCCUUUAAACCAGACUCAUUCAUCAUAGCUGACCAUUAAACUGAGGUACUUUGAAGUAUUACAUACAUAGAACUCAAUAAUAAACCUCAGUGUGUCAGUAAUAAGUAACUAAAUUCAUUUAAAUGUUUUCUAAGUUUAUAACUAAUUGUUACCUAAAACCUCCAGUAAGUUUAAAGCCGUAAUCAUCAUACUAACGAAGAGAGUUGUUCAUCGCCACUUUAAUGGCGGAUCCAAUCAAUAUUCGUAAAUAAAAAGUAUUUGACGUAGUUACGAAAACUUGCUUAAAGAUGCUUACAUAAGGUGGAGUUGUGUAUGAUACAGUAAUAAUUUCAUAACGGUAGAUGCCCGAACUUAGAGGCCAACCAAUUUGCUUACUUUUGUCUUUCUAUCACUGUCAGACAUUUUCUUUCGCACAGGACUCAUUACAUGACUCGGAAUCAGUGGAGAGUGCUCAACAUUGUUAUCUAUCCGCAACUGGAGAAGCAUGGACAAACUGGAUAAGUGGUUUAACCAAAAGCUUUUCUUCGGAGUGGAAGUCAUUCGAAUCUUUGUCGGCAAGCCCCGGCCAUUGGAUUUACAUUCAGUCAGUUAUGCAUGCGAUAAACAAAUCCGCACAACUUAGAUGUUGGAUCGACGUCCAAACUGGCAAACGCAUAUGAUAGCUUUCGUAAUCUUAUUGCAGUGAAAAUCAGGAAAAAUAUAUCUGACGGCCAUACUUUGCAAAACUCAGGAGAACACUCAACAUCCACUUAUCAAGGGUUGGUCUAUGGGUCCAACAAAUUAAAAACGGGAUUUUUACUCAAGAGUCCUAGAAAUCGACUCUGCAUUACUAACUGAUUUAUUACAAAACGCUUGUUUUUUGUGCUUAUCGAAUAAACGGUUAAAUUCAGA